CAACCUCUGCUGCAACUGAGACCUCCCUGAAUCUCUUGCAUUUAGGGAUAUUCAGAGGGCUCUGAAAUCUGCAAAUUAACUGCACAAAUGGAGAACACGGAAGAGAAAGUGGUCGCCGUUAUCCUGGUGGGCGGUCCUAGUAAAGGGACUCGAUUUAGGCCGCUUUCGUUCAAUACUCCAGAGCCUUUAUUUCCGCUCGCCGGCCAGCCCAUGGUUCAUCACCCUAUCUCCGCCUGCAAAAGGAUUCCCAACCUGGUGCAAAUUUUUCUGAUCGGAUUCUACGAGGAGCGCGAAUUUGCAUUGUAUGUUUCUUCCAUAUCCAACGAGCUCAAAGUGCCUGUAAGAUAUUUGAAAGAGGACAAACCUCAUGGUUCGGCAGGCGGCCUUUAUCACUUCAGAGAUCGAAUAAUGGAAGAAUCCCCUUCACAUAUAUUUUUGUUGAAUGGUGAUGUCUGCUGCAGCUUUCCGCUGCCCAGCAUGCUUGAUGCCCAUAAAAAGUAUGGUGGGGUCGGCACAUUGCUGGUUAUAAAAGUUUCUGCUGAAUCAGCCAACCAGUUUGGUGAGUUGGUUGCGGAUCCAACCACUAAAGAACUGUUGCAUUACACUGAGAAGCCCGAGACUUUUGUGAGUGAUCUGAUUAACUGCGGUGUUUACGUCUUUACCCCUGAAAUCUUUAUUGUCAUCGAGGAGGUAUAUUUGCUCAGAAAAGACAGAGCUGAUGUGCGUCAAGUAUCUAGCUACGAAUCCCAGCAAUUUGCGACAAGGUCUCUUCCUACAGAUUUUGUUAGGCUGGACCAGGACAUAUUGUCGCCUCUUGCUGGUAAGAAGCGGCUGUACACAUACGAGACCAUGGACUUUUGGGAACAGAUCAAUACCCCAGGGAUGUCUAUCAAGUGUUCUGCAUUGUAUCUUGCCCAAUUCCGAUCUACAUCUCCACAUUUGCUAGCAAGUGGAGAUGGGAAAAGGACAGCUACCAUUGUUGGAGAUGUCUCAAUUCAUCCAUCAGCAAAAGUGCACCCAACUGCAAAGAUUGGACCCAACGUCUCAAUAUCAGCUAAUGUUCGUAUUGCUGCUGGUGUCAGACUCAGGAACUGUAUCGUGUUGGAUGACAUAGAAAUUAUGGAAAAUGCAGUUGUGAUGCAUGCAAUUAUUGGGUGGAAGUCAUCACUUGGGAGAUGGUCCCGAGUCCAGGCUGAUGGAGACUACAACACAAAGCUGGGGAUUACGAUUUUGGGGGAAUCAGUGACUGUUGAGGAUGAGGUGGUCGUGAUAAACUGUAUAGUUCUUCCGAACAAGACGCUUAAUUUAAGUGUGCAGGAAGAAAUAAUUCUGUGAAGAAGUUCAUGCAUUUUAUUUACAGAAGCGGCAUAUAAACUUUGAGAUGAUUCGGCGGCGCUUACAUAUCUUUGUAAACUGUAUUCAGUUAUAAAUUAUAAGUGAAUUCAAUUUUGUAAUUUCACGCUAACCAUAUAAACUUUAAGCUAAGAAAGUUGUUCUAUUGCCUCA